UAAUCCUGAGAGAUGUGUGUAUGAUAAUGCAAUGGGCAGCCAGACGUUGGAAAUCACCUGCUUAGACUCUGUCAGGCUGGAGAACGGAUCCAGUCGGUGUUCAGGCAGGCUGGAGGUGAAGUCCAACAACUCGUGGUCCUCCGUGUGUGAAGAUGACUUUGACCUGCUGGAUGCAGAGGUGGUCUGUAGGGAGCUGGGCUGUGGGGCUCCUUCAGUCCUCCAGGGGGCGCUCUAUGGAGAAGCAGAGGCUCCAAAGUGGAACAAAGAGUUUCUCUGUGAAGGUCAUGAGUCUUCUCUCCUGGACUGCAACCACGCCAGACUAGAGAGAAGCUUCUCAUCGGACAAAGUUGUUGACCUCACCUGUACAGGUGGAGGAGGAGCCACAGCUUUAAACUGGUAUCAGCUGUAA